GUCCGCCAUUGGUUAGAGCGAAUGACAAUCAUUUAUUUCGUCGUCUCAAAAUAACGGAGAAGGAAGCGACAUUUCUGGUUCUGUCUAGUAUAAAAAUCCUGGGAAGUGGCAGAAAAAACCCCCAGAGAUCCUUGUCACAAGACAGUCCUGUGAUGCGAGGGUGGGGAGGAGAAAAUAUUAACAUGAUGAUGAUGUGACCCUGCUAACAACCAAACCAACCCGUUCCUGUCCCUUCAUCCGAGCUGGCUGCUCUUAAAAACAAAACUAUUCUUCUGUCCGGUAACCAGAUAGGGAUGUAGAAUAACAAAUGAGCUCAGAGGCCUAUCGGUUACCCGUGAAGAUGCUGGCAGGUUGUUGUUCUGUUAUUGCCUGAACGAUUCAUUUUGUGUUUCACAUUUUGUUACUUUGUGUUUCCAGCUGCCAAGAUGAUACACAGCCUUUUCCUGAUUAACGCAUCGGGGGACAUCUUUCUGGAGAAGCACUGGAAGAGUGUGGUCAGCCGAUCCGUCUGCGAUUACUUUUUCGAGGCCCUGGAACGCGCCACGGAACCGGAGAACGUUCCUCCGGUGAUCCCGACCCCGCAUCACUACCUCAUUAACGUGCUCCGCCAUCGCAUCUACUUCGUGGCCGUCAUACAGAGCGAAGUGCCUCCUCUGUUUGUCAUCGAGUUCCUCCAUCGUGUGGUGGACACAUUUCAGGACUAUUUUGGGGUUUGCACAGAAGCAGCUAUUAAAGACAAUGUUGUUGUGGUCUAUGAGCUGCUGGAGGAGAUGCUGGAUAAUGGCUUCCCACUGGCCACCGAAUCAAACAUCCUAAAAGAGCUCAUUAAACCUCCUACCAUCCUGCGCACAGUGGUGAACACCAUCACAGGAAGUACUAAUGUUGGCGAGCAGCUUCCUACAGGUCAGCUGUCAGUGGUACCGUGGCGGCGCACAGGUGUCAAAUAUACCAACAACGAAGCUUAUUUUGACGUGGUUGAAGAAAUCGAUGCUAUCAUUGACAAAUCAGGAUCAACUAUCACAGCAGAGAUUCAGGGAGUGAUAGAUGCCUGUGUGAAACUUACAGGAAUGCCUGAUCUCACCUUGUCAUUUAUGAACCCUCGACUCCUGGAUGAUGUCAGCUUCCACCCCUGUGUUCGGUUCAAGCGUUGGGAAGCCGAGCGAAUUCUGUCCUUCAUCCCACCAGAUGGCAACUUCCGCCUCCUGUCCUACCACGUCAGCUCUCAGAAGUCUGGGCUGCAUAUAAAUGAUUCAAUUAUUCAAUUUUUGCAGCUUUUGUCAUGGGAUGUGGGUAAGAUAAACCCCCAGAAAUUGCCCAGUUUAAAAGGAUCUAUGAGUCUCCAGACUGGAGCCUCCAAACCUGAUGAAAACCCAACAAUCAACAUCCAGUUCAAGAUUCAACAGCUGGCCAUUUCAGGUCUGAAAGUAAAUAGGUUGGACAUGUAUGGCGAGAAGUACAAACCUUUCAAAGGCAUCAAAUACAUGACCAAGGCUGGCAAAUUUCAAGUCCGAACCUAGAUGACCUCAUUCUUCUUCCAUUCCAUAAUUUAUUCAAUUGGUCUACGGCAAAAUGGGGACAAAUAGAGGGAACAAGUUUGAGUAAAUACAUGUCCUUUGGAAUGCAUUUCAGGAUCAAUUCAGGAAAAUGUGUAAGACUGUCGGCCAUUAAUGGGAGCAUGUGACGUCCAGAGAGGUGAUACUGUUAUUAACACUAUCAAAAUGUGCUUUUACAGGUCCAUCCAAGUGAAAGGGACAGUAACUACAUUUCUGAGCCUCAUCUUAUUUAAAAACUUUCCGUCCAUUUUAUUUGCAGCUUCUCUGGAUGACUGUUGCUCUCAAACCUCCAUCUACUCUUCAUACCCUUUUUUAGUUUAUUCUUUAUUGCCAGUUUUAUAACUCUCUCCUUUACACUGUAUUUCCAUCUUCACAUUUCUGAGUCUCAUUCCUUCAUGAGAUGGAGCUGCACUAUUCUGUAUUGAUCUGUGCUCUCCUCCUCUGAGAAGUGAGGCGAUAGGUGACUCAUUUCUGCAUUGCAGAACAAUAAUCUAUUAUUACCAUUACAGACUGACUUUGUCCACAAUGAUUGUGUGCAAAUUAAACCAUUUCUAAAUGGUUAAACACUGAACUUUUUCUUUGUUUGUUUACUGUAGUAUUUUGACAGUAUACAUCUUUUGUUUUAAUGUGUUUCUUUUACUAUUUAUUGCCUAUCUGAUAAUAAUCAAACUAUUUAAAGCAUAACUGACCAUAACAAUCUAUAAUAAUGCGAUACGUGAUGCUUGAUUGUUCAUUGUCUAAUGUUUUACCCUGAAUGCAACAUGCAUU